AUGCAAACCCCUUCAGAAAAUACCAACGCCAAGUCGGAUUCUCUCGACGAACCCGGUGCAUAUUUAAUCGAGGAAAAUGUGGCUCUUCCUAAGGACAUAUUCCAUUCGUACUUGAGUUAUUGGAUAUAUGAAGCAGCUCACUGUACACCGGUCAUGCUUUUGUCUCUAGUAAUUGGGGUUUUAAUCUCAAUAAUUAUUCUUUUUCAUGAUAACGAAAAUUGCGUUGGGGUUUCUGUAGGGUUUCUCCUCAUAUUCUCUGGCAUUUUAGUGAUAGUUCUAAUACUCAGGUUUGGACCACAGAUCAGUGAUGAAGAUUUCAAAUGUAAGCUACUGAUGGAAAUUAUCACACGGAAACCUACGGUAAAGGGGAAAGAAUGGAGGACAAUUACAUACAAGAUGAACCAGUAUUUAUUUGAUAACGAUUUAUGGAACACUCCCUACUACUUUUACCGUGAUGAAGAUUGCCACCGUUAUUUUCUAAGUCUUAUUAAGGGAAGAACUUUCAAGAAGCAAAAGGAAUCGUCAGCCAGCAAUGUUAAAGACGCACAAUCAAAUGACGAAACCGCUGGCACACCAAACGAAGCCGCUGAGUCUUCUAGUUUUAGUGCCGGACCGAACUUUAUAAAGCUCCUCACCAAGGCAGCCGAAAUCGAACAACAAUUUCAAAAGGAAUAUUGGCGACAAGAGUAUCCUGGUGUCGAUGAGUUUUUUUAG